AUGCCUUUAUUUGCCCAAAACCCAUUUGAUCAAGAUGUGGAAAAGGCGACCAAUGAAACAAACACGACAGACGACUGGGGACUUAUUAUGGACAUCUGUGAUAGGAUUGGAACUGUGCCCAAUGGAGCCAAGGACAGCCUGAGGUCUAUCAUGAAGCGAGUCAACCAUAAAGUGCCUCAUGUUGCCAUGCAGGCGCUCAAUUUGCUGGGUGCCUGCGUGUCCAACUGUGGCAAAAUCUUCCACUUGGAGAUUUGCUCCAGAGAGUUUGCGAGUGAAGUGCGCAGCGUGCUGGGAAGGGCGCACCCCAAGGUGUGCGAGAAGCUGAAGGCGCUGUUGGUAGAGUGGGCCGAAGACUUCCAGAAGGAUCCUCAGCUCAGCUUGAUCAGCGCCACAAUCAAGUCGCUGAAAGAGGACGGCAUCAGCUUCCCGACUGUGUCCUCACAGGGAUCCAAUGUGAAGGUCAGCAGCGCUCCUGCCGUGAGCAAAGCAAUGGAUGACGAUGAUCUGGCCAAAGCCAUCGAGCUCUCCUUGCAAGAACAGAAGCAGCAGGCCGAAUCGCGCCCUCCGACGCUGACCGCCGAUUCCCCUAACUACGCUAACAGCGAAGGCAGCAGCACGACGCAGGAAGCGCGCAAAGUCCGAGCACUUUACGACUUUGAGGCGGCCGAGGACAACGAGCUCACUUUCAAAGCCGGAGAGCUCAUCCUGGUUUUGGAUGACAGUGAUCCAAACUGGUGGAAAGGCGAGAACCAUCGUGGCGUUGGUCUCUUCCCGUCCAAUUUUGUCACCACAAACCUGAACACUGAACCAGAAACAGUGCAAACAGUGGAGAAAGUGGUCAGUGCAGAGGAGUCGAUCGUCGAACCCAAAAUUGAGCCUGAGCCCAUUUUCAUUGAUGAGGGGAAGAUGGACAAAACGUUGGCACUGCUGCAGAACACCGAUCCUGCAGAUCCAAAUCUAAACUCAUCCGAGCUGAUGCAGCUGGAAGGCGCGUGCGAGCAGAUGAACCCCAUGAUUGACGAUAAGCUGCAAGAGAUUGACAGGAAGCACUCAGAGUUGUCGGAGCUCAACGUGAAGGUUCUGGAAGCUCUAGAGCUUUAUAACAAGCUUAUGAAUGAGGCGCCACUCUACCAGUCCUACUCUAAAAUGGCCCAGUUUGGAACUACGCCCCCACCAGCUACCAUGCAGGGUUACCAUGGCCAAGUCGCCGCCGGUGCAGCUGGCUACCUACCCCCUGCUGUACCUCAGCCACCAGCCUACAGUAUGCCCAGCGACCAGCCUGGAGCACUGCAUUCUCUGCCCAACAACAGCCAAGCUGGACUUCCGACAUACAUGAGCAACCUUGGCUCGCAUCCUCAUCACUACAUCAACCCGGCAGCCGGUGGCACCGGUUACCCCCAGAUGCCAGUGGACAUGUCAGCCUACAUGAACACCACCAUGCCGCCCGGGUCCUACCCUCCUCUCCCUCCUUCCACCGCCGCCCCGCAGCAACACCACCAACAAGGGGCGUAUUACCAGAAGCCCCUCCUCUAA